GCUGAAGCCUUUGACAGCUGCGGGGGCUGCCCGGAGGUGCUCGGCAGAGGGGCCGCAGCCAUGCGCGUCGCCGUCAUCGGGGCCGGGGUGAUCGGCCUCUCCACCGCCUUGUGCAUCCACGAGCGCUUCCAGCCCCUGGUGCCCUGCCUGCAGCUGGAGGUCUACGCGGACCGCUUCACGCCGCACACCACCAGCGACGGGGCGGCGGGCCUGUGGCAGCCCUACCUGAGCGACCACGGCGAGCUGCAGGAGACGCUGUGGAACAAGGAGACCUUCGAUCACCUGCUGGGGUACCUCGGCUCGCCGGACGCGAAGGAGAUGGGGCUUUUCCUAAUUUCUGGCUACAACCUCUUUACGCGGCCCGUCCCGGAUCCGUCCUGGAAGAACAUUGUCCUGGGAUUCAGGAACCUGACACCGAGAGAGCUUGAACUCUUCCCUGGUUAUAGCUACGGCUGGUUCAACACGGCGCUGAUGCUGGAGUGCAGGAGCUACCUGCCCUGGCUCACCAACAGGCUAGCGCAGAGAGGAGUGAAGUUUUUCCACAGGAAGGUCGGCUCCUUCCAGGAGAUGUUUGCCCAGGGCGUGGACGUGGUCAUCAACUGCACCGGGGUUCGUGCCGGGGAGCUGCAGCCAGACCCAGCGUUGCAGCCCGCCCGCGGGCAGGUCCUAAAGGUGCAGGCCCCGUGGGUGAAGCACUUCAUCAUCACUCACGACAUGGACUCCGGGAUCUACAACUCGCCCUACGUCAUACCGGGGAGUGAGUUCACGGUCCUGGGUGGGAUAUUCCAGCAAGGCAACUGGAACGAAGAGAACAGCGCCCAGGACCACAAAACCAUCUGGGAGACGUGCUGCAAGCUGCUGCCCGCGCUCCAGAAAGCGAAGAUCGUGGAGGAGUGGAGCGGCUUGAGACCGGCUCGCCCCAGAGUCCGCCUGGAGAGGGAGACCCUCCGCCACGAGCACUCGCAGGCAGAGGUGAUUCACAACUACGGGCACGGCGGCUUCGGGAUCACCAUCCACUGGGGCUGCGCCAUGGCAGCGGCCAGGCUGUUGGGGAGCAUCCUGCAGGAGAAGCAGCUGGCCAGGCCGCCCCAGUCCCACCUGUGAGUUGCCUGCUCAGCCGGGAUUAUCGUGACAGCAGUAGCUUAGAAAUCACAGCAGAAAGAUGCAAAUAAGGUGGUGCUGCACACGUGGGCUGCUCGACCCUCCUGCCAGCUCCGGCGCCGCUUCCCGGUGUCUUGUUUUCAGGCUGCUGCCAGUUCUGUCGCUGCCAUUAGCCAGAUGGCUGAAUUUCCUUCGCCGUGGCCUCGCACAACCUACCUAAAGGAAGUGCUUUAAAACAUGCACCAAUUAUCUGUGGCAAAGUGCUCUUCUGUCCCUGGGAUCAGUCUGCAAAGGGCAGGCAGGGUUCGGCUGCAAUCCCGGCAGUCCUGCUGCUCGUCUGCGCGACGGGACGGGAUCUGAAACCGAGCCGGUGCCACCCGAGGUCUUCACCGACUGCCCAGACACCCAGCACCUAAUUAGAUUUGCAGGCUCCCCCCAGGAGGCAAAAGCUCCUUAGUAGGAAGAAGCUCUGGAGCUCCCAGGGAAGUGACAACCGCUCUCAAGGCACGUGCUCCGGCUACAACAGCUUUCCUUACGCUCAUGCCAGGACCGAGCACGGGUCUACGGCACCUGGUUAGUGUAGCUGGCAAUAGACUGCAGCAGUUACCUAAAAUGGGCUUUCCAGAUGAUGUUUUUAGUAACAAAAGCAACAUGUUCCAGCCCUGUGUACUUGCCAGGUGCUAUAUAUAGCAGAGAGCCUACGCAAAAUAGCCGUUCUCGUCCCU